CUCAAUAAAAUAUGACAGACACAACUAUCCUAAUAUCGUGUCAAUCAGUUUUAUCAGAAAACUGUCUUAUUUAAAACCUCACCUUACAUACAAAGAUCACAGUAGUAUACUUUUAUGAACAAUUCUCAAGAAUAACACUGAAUAAGCAAAAGCCAAAUCAUAAUCCCGACAAAAGGUUCAACCUUUGGUGUUCAGACAGAUAAAAGCUUGUUCCUUUAUCAUCGGAAAACCACCCCGGUUUCUGAAAAUUUCUCAACUUUCCGGUUUCCCGGCGAAACCCCAGAUGGCAAACGACGGUAACGACGAUAACAACAAUGACCCAUUACGACAAUACUUGAUUAGCCCUAGACUCAACCAAGCACCGUCUCUGUUUCCUUUACCGGAGGAACACAACGACGUCACGAUUCCAAUGCCAUUGACUCCAUCGGAAUUCAAAAACCGGUUAAUCUUUGGUCCGUUCUCUCAAAACUCUUCUCCUUCAUCCUCUUCCUCAACCUCAUCUUCUAAUUCCAUAGACCUCCUUCUCCCACCUCCGGAGCUUAAUGUACCGGCCCGGAAACCAGAAUCGACCCACCAUCUCCACCGAUCUAAUACAGCUCCUGCUAUGGCUGCAAUCAACGAAAUAUCUCAUUCAAAUGAUCAGGCUGAAGUCAACGGUAUAUUUCAACCAAAAGAUCAGAGAACAGAGCAAUCUGAUUCGAAAUCAGUUGUUGUAAGACAAGCUGUUGCUUUGCUUGUUGCGUAUCUCUCUUUAGGUGUGCUUAUCUACUGGCUGAACCGAGAUAACUACAAUGUAAAUCCGCCUGAUCGUGUUAUUGAUGCUUUGUACUUUGGUGCUAUAACGAUGUGUGGAGUUUUGAUUAUGCGUUUUGUUGAGAAAACCGGGUGGUUCGAUUCGUUUUGUUUCUCGGUUAUGUUGGCUACUACAGUUGGGUAUGGUGAUCGAGCUUUUAGUACAUUGCUCGGUAGGUUUCUCGCUGGGAUUUGGUUGCUUGUGUCUACUUUAGCUGUUGCUCGAGCGUUUUUUUAUUUGGCUGAAGCAAGAGUUGAGAAGAGGAAAAGAGAGCGGGCCAAGAAAGUGCUUGGCCAAAGCAUGUCUAUCUCUGACUACCUUGCUGCAGAUAUCGACCAAAAUGGCUGCAUUAGUAAAGCAGAGUAUGUGAUAUACAAACUAAAGCAGAUGGAGAAAAUAACACAGGAGGACAUGUUACUGAUCUGUAACCAGUUUGACAAGUUUGACCGAACCAAUAAAGGAAGGAUCACUCUUGUUGAUCUCUUGGAUACUUCUGUUUAGUAACACGCAUUACAACAUGAUUGAAGAUGUCAAUGGAAAAAUCCGCGGUUUUCGCAGUUUGAAUUUUGUUUCUUGCUUGCCCUUUUCUUAUGGCAGAAAUUGUCACCUUCUCUCCUAAGAUCAUGAUGAUGAGAAUGAAGAAGGUUGCUUUUCGUGUUUCCUUUGGUUGACUUCGCUUUGAUGGCUAAGAUCAAA